AUGGCCCGGGGUGGCGAGGGCAGCGAGGGUGGCAGCCGCAACAAGGCUGCAAGCCCCGCCGCCGCCGGCGGCGCCACGUCGCAGCCGGGCAGCAAGUCCAGCACCGCGGCCGACCUGCAGGCCACCGCCGGACUGCUGGUCACAGGCGGCAAGCUGGUGGGAGCGGUCACAGCACUCGGCGUCAGCAGCGUGGGCAAGUGGCUGUCCUCUGGCGGCCCAACCGCCCUCCAGGAGUGGGGCCAGGCUGUGGGAGAGAGCCUGGAUGUGGCUGGCAGCGACCUGAACAGGAAGCUGGAGGGGCUGGGGCAGAACCUGGGGGAGGCGGCAGAGGAGCUGGGCAGCAGCAUUGCGGCCGCCAACGAGCGCACCGCCCAGGAGGCUGAGAAGGGGGCGCAGAACUGGGGCCAGCUGACGCGGGAGGUGUCGGCGGCGCUGGAGCCGGGCCGCGCGGCGCAGCCCGCCGAGGACGCGGCGGCGGCGGCGGCGGCGGUCAAGAGCUCGGUGGACGGCCUGCUGGCGGCGCCCAAGCAGCCCACAGGCGGGCUGAGGCUGGUGGGGCGGGACCCUUCGGCCUUCAUGGAUUGGUUCCUGUCCCGUCCCGGCAGCUCCGACGACCUCGCCGGCCUGGACGGCGGCGAGAGCAAGGGCGCAGCGCCCGCGCCUGCCGCGCCCGCCGCCGCCGCCGCCCCGCCGCCCGCCGCCGACCUGCUGGUGCAGCAGCAGCAGCGCGCGGCGGCGGCGGCGCUGGAGGCUGCUGCGGAGAAGGAGCGGGCGGAGGCGGCGCGUGCCGCGGCGGCCGAGGCGGCGGAGCUUGAAAGAAAGGCAGAGCGGGCCAGGAGGGAGGAGGAGGCGCGGCAGAAGAAGGAGCAGCGGGAGGCGGAGCAGGCGGCGGCGGCCAGGAAGCGGGAGGAGGAGAAGGCGGCGGCGGCCGCCGCCAAGGCUGCUGCGCAGGCGGCCAAGGCGGCGGAGAAGGCGGCGGGGGCGGCGGCGGCGGCGGGUGGCGCUGGGGAUGACCAGCGGCGGCCCAGCGAUCACGUAGCCUACCUCAGCGCACCCAUGGGCGGCGGCGGCGGCGGCGGCGGCGGCCAGGCGGGCGCAGGCGGCGCGCCCAAGCAGGCCGCCGGCGCCGGCGUGGCGGGCGCCGCCGCGGGCGCCGCGGCAGGCGCGAAGCUGGCGGCCGCCGUCGGCGGCGGGUCUGGCGGCGAUGGCGGCUCAGGCGGCGGCGGCGGCGGCGGCGGCAGUGGCGGCGGCGGCUCCUCUGGCGGCGGCGGCGGCGAGGCCUGGUGGUCCUCCCGCUGGUUCCGCCUGCUGGUGAUUGCGCUGGUGCUGGGUGGCACCUACCUGUACAGCAACGACCUGCCGCCCGUACCGCAGAUCCGACAAAAGGUCGCCGACCUGCGGAGCGGCGGCACCAGCACCGCCGCCGCCGCCACCGCCAAGGCGCGCCGCCGCUGA